GUUGUUUGCAACUUUCCACCACUCGCUGAAGUCAUCUUAUAUAUCCAGACAAAAGCAUGGCUGCAGACCUUACCAGCUCCAAGAUCCCUCUUUGGCUUGAUUGUGACACAGGACACGAUGAUGCCUACGCUCUCCUUCUUAGCUCCCACGACCCGCGAGUCGAACUGCUUGGUGUCAGCACCGUCCACGGCAAUGCUCCGCUCGACCAAACUACCUUCAACACCCGUGGCAUGCUAGAGGCUAUGGGCAAAGGCCACAUCAAGGUCUAUCCGGGUGCAGCAAAGCCAAUAACGCGCGAGGUGGUACACGCUGCUGACAUUCACGGCGAGUCUGGUCUCGAUGGGGUUACAUUGCUUCCGCAACCCCUCGAACCAGCAAUCACCGAUGUCGACUUCCUUGAAGCGAUGUAUAAGGCUCUAAUUGCUACACCACCGAACUCCGCGUGGCUCGUUUCGACAGGCACCCUCACGAAUAUCGGAUUGGUUUUCAAGAAGUACCCCGAUCUCGCAGCACAUUUGAAGGGUCUUAGUAUCAUGGGAGGCGCGGUUGGCGGUGGUUUUACGAAUGCCCCAAUGGGUAAAGUGAAAGGAGAGGGGGAGCGGUUUGGUAACUGGACGGCUUAUGCCGAAUUUAAUAUUUAUUGCGACCCCGAGGCUGCGCAGUCCAUCUUCGCCAACCCUGUCCUGAUUCCGAAGACAACACUUGUCCCGCUUGACCUCAGCCACCAGGUCCUUUGCACUGAGACAAUUCGCCACACGCUACUCUACGGCUCAGAUCAACCUCUUGACCGCUCCACGGUAGACACGAGUGGGACGCCAUCUCCUCUCCGUGCACUAUUCACACAGAUCACGUCCUUCUUCGCCGCUACCUACGCCGAGGUUUUCGCCUUAACGGAAGGGCCGCCACUUCAUGAUCCUCUCGCCGUCGCCGCUGCGAUCGAACCAUCUAUAUUCGAUGACAGGGGAGGAGAGCGCUUUAAGGUAGACAUCGUGACUGAGGGAGCACAUUCUGUCACUCAGACCAACGUCGGAGAGCUCGGACGAACAAAGGUGGCCAAGCUCCCGCUGGGAGAAGGGGGCUGUCGAAUUCCACGUGGCUUGGAUCUGCCUCGAUUCUGGGAGAUGGUGGAAAGCUGCCUGAAGAGCGCUGACAGCGUCAGUCCAAUGGCAAAGGUCUCGCUUGAAGACUUGAAGAAGGAAGGAAUUUUGGAAGGCUUGGCAUAACUGGUUUGCGGUGUUUUGUGUUUAGCGUUCUGCCACGAAUAUCCCUUGCCAAUGGAGCAGGCCUCAAUUUGCAGAGAUCAGGAAAUUCAAAAAGUUCCCUUCAGCCUUACAAACACAAAGGGCCAUGCGUACACAGUAUGGCGGAAUUUCAGGAACGCCUCCCGGAGCAAAAGACUUCCAGAAGGUGGCUGCAUUUAGCCUGUUCACUUAGCGCAUAUCGGGCAUCUUUCAACGCCGCGGCUCCUCAUAUUCAACCCCAAAUUCAUUGAACUUCUCCGUCGACGCCACAUAGUAGUCGGGUGGGUGGAGACCCUGAGCCUUGCGGGGU